UAGCAACAAUAUCUCUCACAAAAUUGACUCCACCAAAAAUUCCUAUAAAAUGAUGCAAAAGCUAAUCUCAUUUCACAAACAACACAUUGUUUUCUUUAGUAAAUUAUGGAUUUCAAGAAAACCGUUUCACUAUUAGUGGUGCUGGUGGUGCUAGUGGUGGGAUCCGAAGCUGGAGGAAUUUCAAUAUACUGGGGGCAGAACGGAAACGAAGGCACACUAGUUGCCACAUGCGCCAAAGGCAACUUCGAAUACGUGAUCAUAGCCUUCCUCUCCUCCUUUGGCAACAACCAGAAGCCGAUGCUCAACCUAGCUGGCCACUGCGACCCUUACACCCCAGGCAGCUGCACCGUGCUCACCUCCAACAUCACCUCGUGCCAGAGGAUGGGCGUCAAAGUGCUCCUCUCCAUAGGAGGCGGCGCAGGUGGCUACACCCUCACCUCAUCCCAGGAGGCGAUCCAGCUCGCCUCCUACCUAUGGGACAACUUCCUGGGCGGGAGCUCACCCUCCCGCCCACUAGGUCCCGCCGUCCUGGAUGGGGUGGACUUUGACAUUGAGGGCGGGACGAGCCGGCACUGGGAUGAGCUGGCACGGGCACUUUACAGCCAUGGAAAGGGGAGCAAGAAGAAGGUCUACUUGACCGCUGCUCCUCAAUGCCCGUAUCCGGAUGCUUGGGUCGGGGGAGCCUUGCGGACGGGUUUAUUCGACUGCGUGUGGGUGCAGUUCUACAACAAUCCACCCUGCCAGUACAGUGGUGGAGGGGUUGCGGAUCUUGAGGGAUCAUGGAAGGUUUGGACUUCGUCUAUCCAUGCAACGAAGAUAUUCUUGGGGCUGCCGGCUGCACCGGCUGCGGCUGGGAGUGGCUUCAUUCCGGUGGCGGAUCUGAAAGCGAAGGUGCUCCCUGCAAUCAAGGGCUCUACCAAGUAUGGAGGGGUUAUGCUGUGGUCUAAAUACUAUGAUGAUCAAACUGGCUACAGCUCUGCCAUUAAAAGCUAUGUUUAGAAUUACAAACCUCUGUUUUCAUGUAAUAAAAUGAGACUCGGAUCUCUGCGUGUGUUUUAUCAUGUGAAUUUACUAUAUUUUCGGAAAA